CAGGAGCAUCAUAACCAUCAUCAACAUGGGCGGUCUGAACCUUUCCAUCAAUUGGGGCGAGCACAGAUGGGCGGUGUUCUACUGUCUUGUGGCCACCAUCGGUGCGCUCUGCUACGGAUAUGAUUCCAUUUACUACACCGGCAUUCAAGGAAUGUACCACUUCAAGCGCGACUACGGCACCCGUACAGCACCCGGAUCCGACGAAGAAUGGGAACUUGGAACCGUCUUCCUCUCGGUCUCCGCUUCGAUCAUCUACGUUGGAGAAUUCGUCGGCGCAAUCCUCGCGGCUCCCAUCAACGACAAGUUCGGACGACGAGCGGUUUUCGCAUGCGCCAGUGUGUGCAUCAUCAUCGGUGCCAUUGUCCAGCUUUGCUCGUACGGAAUCGACGGCGUCUUCUACGUCGGAAGAGUCUUUGUUGGCCUGGGAGUCGGGCAAUUCACCGCAACAUGUCUGAUUUACGUUGCGGAUGUGGCGCCGACUGAGAUUCGAGGACCUGCAUUGAUGUGCUUUCAGUUCAUGCAAUCGAUUGCACAGUUUAUCGGAGCAUGUGUGAACCAGGGCACCGAGACUAUCGAUGGCGCAGCCUCCUAUCGUCUUCCCGUCGGCCUGCUGUGCAUAUUGCCGCUCACUAUGCUCGUUCUCUUGCCGUUCAUUCCGGAGUCGCCUGCUUGGUUUAUGACCAAGGGUCGCCGCGAGGCAGCUGCAGCGGCACUGACCAAGAUCAACCGCAGCAAGCCAAAUUACUCCCCCGAGCCAGAUCUCGUCGUCAUUGAGGAUGCCGUGCAGCUCGAGCUCGAGAUGGAAUCGGAGUCCAGCUGGGCGAGUCUGAUCACAGACCCAGUCGAGAGGAGAAAGCUGCUGUACGCUUGCGGAGUCAUGUUCGCCCAGCAGAUCAACGGAAUUCAGUUCUGGUACACCUACGGCGUCAUCUUCGCGCAGAGCAUUGGCGUCGGAGAGCCAUUCACUAUUAACACAAUCAUCUACGUCGUCCAAAUUGUCACCGUCGGACUUUCCGUGGUAUUUGGUAACAAGAUGAACAGGCGGACGAAUCUACUCGUUUGCACAAUGGGCAUGAUCAUCUCGCUUGUUGCAGUCGGUGGACUUGGGACGACCCGUGAUGGCGACGGGAACUUCAGCCGUGGUGUUGGGAUCGGCAUUGUCGUCUUUGCAUACAUCAACAUCGUCUGCUACAACUUCUCCAUCGGGACCCUCUCCUACACCAUCGCAUCGGAGAUGGCUGUCGGCCGCAACAGGAACAAGAUCACGGCUUGUGCGCUUGGCACCUUCUUCUUCACUGUCUGGAUGAUGGUCUUCACCUCGCCCUACAUGUACUACGAUGCGGAUCUGGGUCCAAUGUUGGGCUUUGUCUAUGCGGGCACCAGUUUGGUAACGCUUGCGUAUUCUUGGUUUUGCGUCGGCGAAACCACUGGACGCACCAACGCAGAGCUGGAGAGAUUCUUCUCGGAUCGCAUUCCUGUCAGGCAAUGGAAGAAUCAUGUCUGGGCGGAUGACUUCGGCAGCAAGAUUGAGGCGGACAAGGCUGGCGAGGGCAGAGUGGAGAGUGUGGUCAAUAUGCCCAAGUCGGAAGAGAAGGCGUAG